UCCUCUCAUUGCAGACGAACACCACCACAUACACGUCGUAAAUGCUCCCCGUGUGGGCAGCAACCACCAAGCAGACCCGUAGCUGAAAAGAGAGGGAUACAUGCCCAAGCAACUCAUUCUGCUCAGCAGCGGACAAGACAGCGAUAUUCCUGUGCUGGAAUGUUCUCAUUCAAAGACACUUGGAUUGGACUUAAUCUUAAAUCUCUGGAGUUCAAGACCUUUUAAAAGGGGCUAAAUAAACAAUCUCUACAUGUAAAGGCCACUGACUCCUACUUCCUCUGUUCAGAGCAACUGUUGAACCCUGCUGCCUGGAGGACGUGAUUCUCAGUCACCAGACUCAGCUUGGAGAUCUUACAAUGAUCGAAAUCAAGAGACACUGAACGGAGAUGCUACAUAUUCCUCUCUUGCAGCAAAAGGUUUUAGAAGCGUUCGACCAAACCUACAAGAAAAAAAAUCAACUCAGAGCCAGAUAACAGUGAAUGGAAAUUCUGGAGGUGUGAGUCCAAUGAGUUACUAUCAAAGGCCAUUUUCUCCUUCAGCCUACUCCCUACCAGGCUCACUCAAUUCAAGCAUUAUCAUGCAGCAUGGCCGGUCACUUGAUUCUACGGAGACAUAUCCCCAGCAUGCACAAUCUCUGGACGGCACCGUGGGCAGCUCCAUACCACUGUAUAGAUCCUCAGAGGAAGAGAAGAGAGUGACCAUCAUCAAAGCUCCACAUUACCCAGGGAUCGGGCCCGUAGACGAAUCCGGAAUCCCCACAGCAAUUAGAACGACUGUUGACAGACCGAAGGACUGGUAUAAGACAAUGUUUAAGCAAAUUCACAUGGUGCACAAGCCGGAUGAUGACACAGACAUGUAUAAUACUCCUUAUACAUAUAAUGCAGGCCUGUACAACUCACCCUACAGUGCUCAGUCACAUCCUGCUGCAAAGACCCAGACCUACAGACCCCUCUCCAAAAGUCACUCGGACAAUGGCACAGAUGUCAUUAAGGAUGCCUCCUCCCCUGUCCCUCCCCCACAUGUUCCUCCUCCAGUCCCACCACUUCGACCAAGAGAUCGGUCUUCAACAGAAAAGCAUGACUGGGAUCCUCCAGACAGAAAAGUGGACACAAGAAAAUUUCGUUCUGAGCCAAGAAGUAUUUUUGAAUAUGAACCUGGAAAGUCAUCAAUUCUGCAGCAUGAAAGACCAGCCUCCUUGUAUCAAUCCUCUAUAGAUAGAAGUCUGGAAAGACCCACUAGUUCUGCAAGCCUGGCCAGUGACUUCAGGAAAAGAAGGAAGAGCGAGCCUGCCGUGGGGCAGCCGAGGGGCUUGGGGGAGCCAAGUGCGAGCAGGACGAGCCCAGGCCGGGCAGACCUCCCAGGACCAAGCGCCACCCUGACAAAGUCAUUCAUUAGUUCUUCUCCUUCUUCCCCAUCUAGAGCGAAAGGUGGGGAUGAUAGCAAAAUAUGUCCAUCCCUUUGCAGUUACUCAGAGCUCAACAGUAACCCCUCCAGUGAGUUAGAUUACUGUAACACUUACAGACAGCAUUUGGACGUCCCGCGUGACUCACAGAGAGCCAUUACUUUCAAAAACGGCUGGCAAAUGGCCCGGCAAAAUGCAGAGGUCUGGAGCAGCACCGAAGAAACGGUUUCCCCCAAAAUCAAAUCCCGUAGUUGUGAUGAUCUCCUAAACGAUGACUGCGAUAGCUUCCCUGACCCGAAAACCAAGUCGGAAAGUAUGGGCUCUCUGUUAUGCGAAGAGGUCUCCGAGGAGCACGGCCCCAUGCCGUGGGCGAGCCCCUACAUCCAGGAGGGCCGCAGCAACGGCAGAUCAAGGCUUCGACACAGGCCAGCCCACGACGCCCCAGGGUUCCUAAAGAUGUACAAGAAAAUGCACCGCAUUAACCGCAAGGAUUUGAUGAAUUCAGAGGUGAUUUGCUCCGUAAAGUCGAGAAUAAUGCAGUAUGAAAAGGAGCAGCAACACAAGGGCCUGCUCCACGGAUGGAGCCAGUCCUCCACGGAGGAGGUGCCCAGGGACAUGGUACCCACACGCAUUUCUGAGUUUGAAAAGUUGAUUCAAAAGUCGAAAUCCAUGCCCAAUUUAGGAGAUGAAAUGUUAUCUCCUAUAAUCCUAGAACCACAACAAAAUGGUUUAUGCCCCAAAAGGCGAUUUUCUAUUGAGUCCUUGUUGGAGGAAGAAAAUCAAAGUAGACACCCUUGUCAGGUCCAACGAAGCUACAAGUCUAAAACCCUGGUGCCCAUUCAUAUUGAAGUCACCAGCGAUGAGCAACCGAGAGCUCAUGUGGAGUUUUCUGAUAGCGAUCAAGACGGAGUGGUGUCUGACCACAGCGAUUAUGUUCAUGUAGAAGGAUCAUCCUUUUGUAGUGAGAGUGAUUUUGAUCACUUUUCUUUCACAUCCUCUGAAAGUUUUUAUGGAUCCAGCCACCAUCACCACCACCAUCACCACCAUCAUCACCGGCAUCUCAUCAGCUCCUGCAAAGGCAGAUGCCCCGCCUCCUAUACUCGAUUUACCACAAUGUUAAAACAUGAAAGAGCGAAACAUGAAAAUGCCGAAGAGCCCAGAAGACAAGAAAUGGACCCUGGCCUUUCUAAACUUGCGUUUCUAGUUAGUCCUGUGCCUUUCCGGAGGAAAAAAAAUUCGACUCCCAAAAAACAGACUGAAAAGGCAAAAUGUAAAACAUCUGUUUUUGAGGCUCUGGACUCUGCCCUUAAAGACAUUUGUGACCAAAUUAAAGCUGAAAAGAGAAGGGGAAGUUUGCCAGACAAUAGUAUAUUGCACCGUCUUAUCAGUGGACUGCUGCCGGAUAUUCCUGAAAGGAAUUCAUCACUUAAAGCGCUGAAAAGGAGCCCCAUGCACCAGCCUUUCCACCCACUGCCUCAGGAUGGUGCUAUUCAUUGUCCAUUGUACCCCAGCGAAUGUGGGAGAAUGCCUCACAGUGCCUCUUUCCAAGACAUGGACACCAAUAAUAACUACCACCACCAAGACCACGAGAGCACACUGAGUCUCCAAGACCGUGAGUCCCCUAGAAGUUACUCAUCCGCUUUGACUGACUUGGGAAGAAGUGCACCAAGGGAAAGAAGAGGAACUCCAGAAAAAGAGAAAUUGCCUGCAAAAGCUGUUUACGAUUUUAAGGCUCAGACAUCUAAGGAGCUGUCAUUUAAGAAAGGAGAUACUGUCUACAUCCUCAGGAAAAUUGAUCAAAAUUGGUACGAGGGAGAGCACCAUGGGAGAGUGGGCAUUUUCCCAAUCUCAUAUGUAGAGAAACUCAUGCCUCCUGAAAAAGCACAGCCUGCAAGACCACCUCCCCCUGCCCAGCCUGGAGAAAUCGGAGAAGCUAUAGCCAAAUAUAAUUUCAAUGCUGACACAAAUGUGGAGCUAUCGCUGAGAAAGGGAGAUAGAGUUAUUCUUCUCAAAAGAGUUGAUCAAAACUGGUAUGAAGGUAAAAUUCCAGGAACCAACAGACAAGGCAUCUUCCCUGUUUCCUAUGUAGAAGUCGUCAAGAGGAAUACAUCCAAAGGUGCCGAGGAUUACCCCGACCCUCCCAUACCCCACAGCUAUUCGAGCGAUAGAAUCCACAGCUUAAGUUCAAAUAAGCCACAGCGUCCUGUGUUCACUCAUGAAAACAUUCAAGGUGGGGGGGAACCGUUUCAGGCUCUGUAUAACUAUACUCCUAGGAAUGAAGAUGAGCUGGAGCUCAGAGAAAGUGAUGUCAUUGAUGUGAUGGAAAAAUGUGAUGACGGAUGGUUUGUGGGAACCUCAAGAAGAACCAAAUUCUUUGGUACUUUUCCCGGAAACUAUGUCAAGAGGCUGUGAAUCACUCUCCUUCCUAUUUAUGCUGCAAACGACAAGGCAUGACAGCAGGAGGCCUGCGGGAACC